GCUUCUGCUUUUGUCACCUCCUUUGUCUUCCUCCUCAUCAAUGUGAUGCAGAGGAGGAUGCAGAAGCCCUACAAACACUUUGAACACAUGAAGGAGAGAUUUGAUUAGCUUAGCUUAAUUAUAUGCAUGGUUUUUAAUGCACUUUUCGUUUGUUGUCCACUCCAUUUUUUCAGAGACAUAAAGAAAAGGAAGGAAAACCCAUUUUGCAGAAGAUCAACAAGAGUGAGUGAUACAUAAUAUCAUCAUCACGCCAAGAUGAACGACUUAUUUUCGAGCUCGUUCAAGAAAUACACUGACCUGAAACAGCAGGCCUACCUGGACGAUAUGGAGGCCGGGAAGGAGACUAUUAAUCUUGACAAGUUCUUCGAAGAUGUCGAGAAUGUGAAGGAGGACAUGAGACAGGUUGAUAAGCUGUACAAGCAGCUACAAGAAGCCAAUGAAGAGAGCAAGACUGUGCACAAUGCUAAAACCAUGAAAGAGCUCCGAACCCGCAUGGACUUGGAUGUCGAGCAGGUCCUCAAGAAGGUCAAAAUCAUAAAGGGCAAGCUUGAAGGUUUGGAGCGUUCCAACGCAACUCACAGAAACCUUCCUGGUUGUGGCCCUGGCUCCUCCGCGGAUCGAACCAGGACCUCAGUGGUUAGUGGUUUGGGGAAGAAACUCAAGGACAUGAUGGAUGACUUUCAGGGAUUGAGAGGUAGAAUGACAGCUGAGUAUAAAGAAACAAUAGAGCGCAGGUAUUUUACUAUAACCGGAGAGAAAGCGAGUGAGGAAACUAUCGAAAAUUUGAUAUCGAGUGGAGAAAGUGAGAGCUUCCUGCAGAAGGCUAUUCAAGAACAGGGGAGAGGUCAGAUUUUGGACACCAUAUCAGAAAUGCAAGAAAGACAUGAUGCUGUGAAGGAGAUUGAGAAGAAUUUGAUUGAGCUCCAUCAGAUAUUCUUGGACAUGGCUGCUCUGGUUGAAGCACAGGGUCACCAACUCAAUGACAUUGAGAGCCAUGUCAUGCAUGCUAGCUCGUUUGUCAGACGCGGCACCGACAAUCUUCAAGAGGCCAAAGAACAGCAGAAGAAAUCAAGGAAGUGGACAUGCAUUGCUAUAAUUCUUGGAAUAGUCCUCGUCAUUCUCCUCCUAAUUCCGAUUUUGAUUCAAGUUUUGCCUCAUAUGUUGUAGGAAGAUGAAAAUGGGGGAGACUUUUACUUUGUUCUAAUUGGAACUCUGAAUGCAUGCAUUUAUUCUGAUUCUAACAAUAGGAACAUAGUUAGAUCUUGCACGAGUUCAGAUAUUAAAAAAAAAUACAUAAAUAAAAAAUUUUGGUUCUCGAGGGGUGA